AGCACCAAGAACCCAUCAUCGCUUCAAAAUCUCUUUCUUUUUUUACUUUACUUUCUCAUUCUUCCAUUAUUUUUGCAUACGAUACCCAAGAAACCAAGUAAUUAAAAACUGCCUCCGCUGGCAAUGGCCCCGUCUUUCCCAUUUCCCCUUUAGCUCCAUUUCCUUCUCUUUCUCUCCCAACACACACUCAUUAUGACCAACCUUCUUUCUUAGAGAACCCCCAAUGGAAAUGGAUUGCAGCUCUUUGACUGAGUCUGGUGGGUCUUCCACUUCCUCGCCGCCCAAUUCAUCAGCCGAAUCCCUCAAUGGCCUCAAAUUUGGACACAAAAUUUACUUUGAAGAUGUGGGUAUUGGAGAGCUUCCUAAAUCAGGUGGGGGGGGAUCCUUCUCAUCCUCGCCUCUUAUUGCAUCAACACCCACCAAGAAGCUUAGGGGGGGAGGCGUUGUUCAGCCGGCUCAGCCCCCUAGGUGUCAGGUUGAAGGCUGUAAAGUAGAUCUAAGUGAUGUUAAGGCUUACUAUUCCAGACACAAAGUUUGUACUAUGCACUCCAAAUCCCCCAAGGUCAUUGUUGCUGGUCUUGAGCAAAGGUUUUGCCAACAGUGUAGCAGAUUUCAUCAGCUUCCUGAAUUUGAUCAAGGAAAACGUAGCUGCCGCAGACGUCUGGCUGGGCAUAAUGAGCGCCGUAGGAAGCCACCACCUGGGGCACUGUUGUCCACUCGUUAUGGUCGCUUCUCUUCAUCUAUCUUUGAAAACAGCAGCAGAGUUGGAAGCUUUCUGAUGGACUUCAGUGCAUAUCCAAAGCUGACUGGAAAGGAUGUUUGGUCGUCGUCGGGUAUGAAAGCAUCAUCCGAACGGGUGCCUGGAAAUCAAGGCAUCACUUCUAUGGGGAAGUAUAUCCCAAAUCCCUGGCAGAGCAAUCCAUCUGAACUUCUCCUGCCAGUUUCUUCAGGUGGAACCAGUUAUUCUGGUCCUGGUAAUCCUUCUGGGGAAUGCAUCAAUGGAGUCACUGACUCAUCCUGUGCUCUCUCUCUUCUGUCAAACCAAACAUGGGGCUCCAGAAACCGAACGACGCCUCUCGAGGUAAAUGCAGCCUUGUUGAAUGCUGAAGGUGCACUUGUGGCUCAAACAACAUCAGCUCAUGCUGCUACCAAUCACUUCCCGAUGUCGAUGUCGAUGUCGUCGUGGAGUUUCAAGGGAAAUGAAGCUCCUGCUAGCAUCUCCCUGGACCUGGCAUCUGACUUGGGUCUGAAUCAUCAAGUUUCACAGGCUCUUACUACCAGUUCUUUCUCUGGUGAUGUCCAGUUUCCUAAUCAAGGUAGUAGAAGGCCAUACAUGGAACUUGGGCAAUCAGCAGGCGCCUUCGACUCAACCCAGCAGCAUCUGCACUGGUCACUUUGAGGUGCUGCUGCACUUCAACUCUUCUGGUUCCAGUGAAAUCCACUCCUCUUUAGGCCUUUUUGAAUGAAUAAUUGGCUCGAGACAUCGAACUCAUCGUCUACGCCAUUCCCCACCUGGUUGGGUUUGUUGAAAACUAUUGUUCCCUUUGUGUUUUAUGAACUACAUCAGGAAGACUUGAGACCUGAACUCUUUCCCUUUUGACAUUUUACUAUGGAACUGUCUGGUGCUUGUGUGUUUAGUC